GUCAAUCACAAUUAAGGAACCAUGGGAGUAAACUGGUAAGGAAGCUCGGCGCAACCACUCUGUUUACUUUACGGUAUUUUUUUUUUAUUUGCGCAAAAACCGACAACUAUGCACCGGCUCACUGUGGGACAUUUACCUCUGAUUUCGCCAACUGGGAACCGCUACACUUUGACGGGAAUUAGCAUGAGGCGUUACACAUAACAACUAAAACUUAGCGACUUUCAGUUGCUUGCGCCUAUUUUUUUUGCCCCCACAGCGUUCCAGUUUCAACAGAAUACACAAGUCACCAUUGGUAUUUGUACAAAAGGCGGUGCCGCGUAGGUUUAUAUGAACUCCAAGCUCAGGAUAUACCCGUUUAUUUGACUACAAACCGUGGAAAAUCUGGUCUGUGCAUUUCAGAGAACUACUGCCUUGUCGGUGAGUCGACUUUCGAGGAAGGACUGACGGUAGGCUUACAAGAAAGAAGACACUCCCAAAAACAAACGAAGCCCAACAGCAGGCUCCGCUCCAGGGAGAGCAAGAAAGGAGCAGAUAUGAGUGGGGGAGAUGUGGUAUGCUCAGGGUGGCUGAGAAAGUCUCCUCCUGAAAAAAAGUUGAGACGUUACGCAUGGAAGAAGCGGUGGUUUGUUCUUCGCAGUGGCCGUCUGACAGGAGAUCCAGACGUGUUGGAGUACUACAAGAAUGACCACACUAAGAAGCCCAUCCGUGUUAUUGAUCUCAACUUGUGUGAGCAGGUGGACGCUGGGCUGACGUUCAACAAGAAGGACCUGGAGCACAGCUUCAUAUUCGACAUCAAGACCAUCGACCGUGUCUUCUACCUGGUGGCUGACACUGAAGAAGAGAUGAAUAAGUGGGUUCGCUGCAUCUGCGACAUCUGUGGCUUCAACCCCACUGAUGAAGAGGCAGCAAAAGCUGCUCACCAGUCAGCCAUCGGAGGCCUGGUGGUGGACACCCCCCCACACCCAGCUCUGGGUCACAUCCUCGGCCCAGCAGCAAUGCUGACCAGUAUACCCCCCCCAUACCAGCCAGUCAGCGUGCGACACCUUGACUCUCAGUCCAGCUCAGAGGAGCCCCAGGACUACCUGUGGCUGGUCAACUGUGAGAGCAAGAAGCCUGACCCCAACAGAGCCCAUGCUGAGUGUUCCAAGUCUACCUCGUCAGAGACAGACCUGAACGACAACCUCCCCUCUCACCGCACGCCCACCUCCUCCACCUCCUCAUCGAAACACACCUCGCACAACGGCUUCUUCCCGCAGCACCCGGCCCCCGCCUCCGCCUCUUCUAUCUACGACUCGCCUCCAUCACGCGGUGCCUCGCUCUCCACCGACGGCGGCUUUUACCACCUCCCUCGCAGCUACUCCCAGGACACUGUGCUGCUCCCCAAGUCGGCCUCCUCCCCUCUGGCCCACCCGGACAGCAUUGAUGGCUCGGAGCUGUACGUCUUCAACACACCGACGCGGAAACCCUCCAUGGAGUCACAGCUGCGUAACCUUUCCAUCAGUUACGAUAUCCCGCCUACACCGGGCUCAAACUCUACCUACCAGGUGCCCCGCACUUUGUCAAUGUCCACGGGGGUAGGAGGCUCAGAGGGUGGGGCAGAUGUAGUUCCCCCUCCCAGACCACCAAAGCCUUCGCUCAGUUCCACCUCAGGACCCCCACCCCCCCCUGCUGAGCGCUCACCUACGGACACCUAUUGUGUGCCUCGCUCAGCGUCAGAGACGGACGGAAACUACUGUGUGCCUACUAGUGCUGGGAAUAAGUCUUUACGCAGCAACACUAUUGGCACUGUGGACAGUUCACGCCUCCGCAAAGAAAUGGAGAAUAUCCCAGGCUCAUCAGAUGAUGUGUUUUACUUUGGUUCCCAGGAUUGCUAUGACAUUCCUCGAUCAUUCCCCACCGAGAAAAGCUGCUCAUUUGACUUCAACGAAAGCUUCAACAGCUACUUUAAAAACAAAGGGAUGAUGCCAGUGGGCAGCCAGUCCACAGAGGAGGUGGACCAGAACUAUGUCCCCAUGAGCGCCAACUCCCCGUCACACCAUCACUCCGGCAGUUUGUCGGAGCCCAUCCACGAAACCAACUAUGUGCCCAUGACCCCGAGCACCAUGGAGUUCUCCUCCCUGGGGAAGCAGGUCCCUCCGCCCGCCCACAUGGGCUUCCGCUCCAGUCCAAAGACCCCUCCUCGCAGGCCAAUGAUCAGUGACUGCCAGCCCCCGCCUGUGGACCGAAAUCUCAAACCUGACCGCAAAGGUCAGAGUCCUAAAAUAAUAAGAGCAAAAGGUGUUGUCUUAGAGCGAACCGACUCUCAAACCGUAGGUGAAUUCCCGAGAGGACGACGCAAGGGAAGACCCGCUCCUCUAGAGAUCAAACCUCUGCCAGAGUGGGAGGAGCCCUCCACGCCGAUCCGCUCGCCUGUCACACGAUCCUUUGCUCGGGAUCUCUCUAGGUUUCCAAUGCCAGCAGUGAGACCGCCGUCAGUGCAUAGUACGGCCUCCAGCACUGACUCCGAGGAAUGUGAUGAGACUUAUGUAGCCAUGGACUCUAAUAUGUCCACAGAUGAACCAAACAUGAAGCUUGUCGCCCCCAUGACUGUGGAUGGUGGGAGCAGCCCUAAGGUGAAGCCGAAGGGAGACAAACAGGUGGAGUACCUGGAUUUGGAUCUUGACCCCAGCAAGUCUACCCCACCUAGGAAGAUGAAAAGCAAUGGAACUGGAAUAGUAGUGUCGGAUGAGCGUGUUGACUACGUGGUUGUGGACCAGCAACGAACACAAGCCCUUAAGAGCACCCGGGAGGCCUGGAACGAUGGCCGCCAAUCCACAGAGACAGACACCCUUUCCAAGGGACCCAAGUGACCUUGUUGUCCCCCAAAUCACCCUCUGAACCCCAAAACCGUUGAGCCUUUUAAACUAGUGUAGGCUCCAGUUUGUGCUUUGGGAUGGUCCAGUUGUCACGUUCCACCUGAGCAAAAUCCUUAAUGUGGAGGGGCCAGUGGAGCUUCAUAGCCACUAAACUGUGUUUAGUUUACACUGCUGUCAGGCCUAGAACAGCACUGUGUGUACAGUUGUAGGAAGUGGUGUGAGCCAGGUAUAAGCUGUAUGCAGUAUGAAAGCAGGUGGAAUGACUGGACUUGCCUUCUGGGUUUGACUAAAGCAGACUCACAAACUUUGAACAUUCACUGCCUUCUUUAUUGGAUUCAAUUGAUUCUGUUGUACACCUUUCAAUGGCCGGUGGGCUGAUCCACAGUUAACAUUUCCUUAAAAUAUAAUGCUGUUUGAUGUUGUUUUGGAGUGUAAGUGAAAUCACUUGAUAACAUGAUCAAAAUACUUUAUCAAUGCAACACUCUACUACUUAGCAUAGCUGUUAACAGUGUUGAUUUUCAGUUUCUCCUGUUUGAGCAGAGUGAAGUUUCUAUGGGCACUGGUCACCGGUCCGUUUUAAAAAUUCCACCAGAAUAUGUUUGGAUGGCAGAAACUGAUCCCAAUCUGUGUCUAGGAAUACUUCAGGUGAUUCCCUAGAUAACCCAGUACGACAGAAUUUCAUAUUAGAAUUUUUUUCAAUGCAAAGGCAGUUGAACUUGAUCAUUUUACAUGUAACCAAGUGCUCAAUUUAAGCUUUGAAUUCAAGGUUUAAUCCACUGAACAUGAUUUGAUGUCCAUUUACUUUGUACAUGGAGAUGCUUCAAUCUCUUAUAAUGGAAGUGCAAAGACUGUACAAAAGUGUUAUGUAUAUAAACAUGAAAAGUGUCCUUUUAUUUGUAUGGAAUAUCCAGCGUGUUUGACUCGAAGGUAUGUGGAUUCUGCAGGGUAGAAUCCUGUGCCUGUCUUAGGUGGUAUCAGGACUUGUGAUUAAUGAAUGAAUUACUGUGAGUUUUUAAAAGAACGUGACAGGUUUUCUAUAAGUUAUGCAAAGGUAUCAAACUAAGGCUAGAGAGAGAGAAAAUCAGGUACUAAUAAUACAACUAUCCAUUUCUAAUUUAUUUCUCAAGGUAUUUCAUCAGGUGGAUGUCGUGUCCACUUUUAGAUCAGUAUUCUUGAUUCAUAUAGAGGAACAUUAGCUUACGUCUGUUAAAAUGCUUAGUUUGACAAGCGCCCAAUUAGUUCACAAGUUCAUUGAAAUUCCUCAUUUCUCUCUCUUCUUAGGUUUAAUUUAUUUCAAAUUAAACUGCAUACAGUUUGGGGAAAUUGACUGCCUCAUGUGUUCAACUUGAUACAUAUUUUAUAGACAGUGAAUAAAUCGUUAUGUCUGCAUAAAUCUGUGCUUUACUAACCUGUGAACUCUCACUCAGUCCCAAGCAUGUGCUACCACAAGAUAAAAUCAUUGCUGUACAUAUUUUGCCAUCAAUUAGAUUACAUGUAUCAUUUGAAAAAUGUGCCUACUAAUUCAUCUUCAUUCUACUUCACUCUUUCCUUAUUGCAGUCUCUUUGUGAUACGGACUGCAAAGCUGAUGAUGCUUUAUCUUUUUUAAUGAAUCUCGACAGAAAAUGUAAAUUUUAAAAGUGGACUAAAUAAAAUCCAACCUCUUA